AUGCUUUCCAUUUUCCAUGUGAGGCGGGCACUACUCUCUCCGCGAAUAUCUUCUCUAUCCUACUUCAGCUCCAAGGCUACUCCGUCGUCUUCUCAAGUUGACCUUCCCGAACAUGCCAAUGUCGUAAUUGUGGGAGGAGGCAUCAUUGGGACUUCGGUGGCGUACCAUCUGGGGAAACUGGGGAUCAAGGAUGUGGUUUUACUAGAACAAGAUCAAUUGACAGCAGGAACAACUUGGCAUGCAGCAGGAUUAAUGACCACAUAUGGAAGUUUGUCGAGUACAUCCAUUGAUAUGCGCAUGUAUACCAAGAAAUUGUACUCGGAAAUACUGACGGAGGAAACUGGACUGGAAACUGGGUUUAUGGACUGUGGUUUCAUCGAAGUAGCUUGUGACAGAGAUCGAUUGCACUAUUUCCGUAGAAUCGCUGCGUUCAACCGAUUUCUGGGGAUUGAAGUGGACGAAAUCUCUGCCGAUCAAGUCCAAGAAAAAUUUCCAUUGACCACCAAGGAUGAUAUUCUUGCUGGAUUUUACGUUGCGAACGAUGGAAGGGUCAAUCCCACAGAUGCGACCAUGGCGAUGGCUAAAGGUGCUAGACAAUAUGGUGUUAAAAUAUUGGAAGGUCAAGAAGUCCUUGGUGUGACGACCACAAACACGUUGGAGACUGGAGAACCUUCAAAAGUGACGGGUGUCACUGUGAAAAAUAAGAAUGAUCCGGAACGACCAAUUACAAUAUCUUCCCCCAUAGUGGUAAAUUGUGCGGGUAUGUGGGCAAGACAGUUUGGAGAAAUGGCCGGAGUGGUUGUUCCAAAUCAAGCUGCCGAGCACUACUACUUGAUCACGGAGGAUAUUGACGGACUGGAUCCCAAAUGGCCAGUUUUGGAAGAUCCGUCCAAGUGCAUAUACAUUCGACCGGAAGGCCGGGGGCUGCUGGUCGGUUUCUUCGAGUGGGAAGGGGCAACAUGGAAUACUGGAGAAAUUCCAAACACAUUUUCCUUUGGACAGAUUGAACCAGACUGGGACAGGAUGGAACCCUACCUUGAGACGGCGAUGGCGCGAUUGGUGCCAGAGGUUCACAACGUUGGACUCAAGACGUUCUUUUGCGGUCCAGAAUCCUUCACCCCUGACAAUAGUCCUUGCGUUGGACAAGCACCAAACCUACAAAACUACUAUAUAGCAGCAGGUCUUAAUUCGAUCGGAAUCUUGACUGGUGGAGGAAUCGGAAAAACACUUGCCAACUGGAUUCAUCAAGGACUUCCACCUUCCGAUAUCGAUGUGACAGGAAUCAAUGUAGAUCGUUUCCAUUCGUAUCAAGCCAACUAUGAUUAUCGAAAGCAAAGGGUUUCCGAGUCCCUCGGAAAUACCUACAAAUUGUUGUAUCCGGGGCAUCAACCAAAGACAUGCCGCGGAGUAAAGAAGUCAGCAUUGCAUGGCAGACUUGAGGACAAGAAUGCUUACUUCCAUGAUGUUAGUGGGUGGGAAUCGCCUGGCUGGUAUGCGCCAACCGCUUCUGAAGCAGUUUCUGGAGAGGGUACAUUUGGUCGGCCAGAGUACUUUACUCAUUGGGAAGCAGAACACCGAGCUUGUCGCGAGAAUGUGGCUUUGUUUGAUAUGAGUUUCAUGAGCAAGUUUCUUGUCCAAGGCUAUGACGCGGGUAAAUUCCUGAACCAUCUGUCGACAGCAAAUGUCGAUGGGCCAUCGUCGUCAAUAGUGUAUACCCAAUGGCUCAAUGAAAACGGAUUUCUGGAAGCCGAUUUGACAGUGACGAAACUGAACGAGGAUUCAUUUCUUGUGAUUGCUACAGAUACAAUGCACAAUCACGUCUCUUCUCACAUGACCAGUAGGUUAUCUCGUGACUGGCACUGUACGGUUACAGAUGUCACUGCUCGAUAUGCUCAGAUCAACCUACAAGGCCCGAAUUCUAGAGAUCUUUUACAAAGGAUCACGAGCCGCAACAUGAUGGAAGACUUUGAGUUCCGAAGGGCCGAAGAGAUUGAAAUUGGACUAGCCCGAGCAAUUUGCACCAGGAUUACCUAUGUUGGCGAGCUAGGAUAUGAAUUAUUUAUCCCAUCAGAACAUGCAGUUUAUGUGUAUGACCAAAUCAUCGCAGCUGGAGAAGAGUUUGGUUUGAAGCAUGCAGGUUUGAAGGCCCUUGGAUCGCUUCGCUUGGAAAAGGGAUACAGAGACUACGGACACGAUAUGGAUAAUACCGACACUAUUUUGGACGCAGGUCUGUCUUUCACUUGUGAUUUUGAGAAAGAGGGAGGAUUCAUCGGCAUGGAACAUAUUCUUCAAGCCAAAGCAGAUGCAAAGGAAUAUGGUGGACUUACACGAAGAAUGGUGAAUGUGAAGGUUCCGCUCGAAGUAACUGAUCCUCUUUUGUACCACGGCGAGAUUUUAUAUCGAAAUGGCGAGCCGAUUUGUGACAUCCGCAUGGGCUCGUAUGGUCACACAGUCAAUGCAGGUGUUGGACUGGCAAUGCUACAAUCAAAAGCAGGCGAGCCUAUCAAGAAAGACUACAUUCAAAAUGCUUCUUGGGAGCUUGAGAUUGCAGACAAAAUGUACCCUUGCGAAGUGUCGCUAUCUCCCUUCUAUGAUCCCAAGAACACUCGCAUUAAGCUAUAA